AUGGAAAACAUUGACCGAAAUCUAUGCCUAUCGAUCUGGGGAUCCAACGAUUUCGACUUCAUUUACAAAUCAUCAGUCGGGAGAUCUGGGGGAAUACUAGUCAUUUGGAACAAGAACAGGCUUUCAAUCAAGAAUACCGAAGAACUAGAGCAUGCUAUAUGGCUGGAAGGGGAAUGGGGGGUCGAAAACAUUUCGGUUCACAUUGUUGUGGUGUACGCUCCGUGUGACAGAAGACGAAAAUCUGCUCUUUGGAAUGAUUUACUUCACAAAAUCAACCGCAAAAGGGAUGAUAGAAUAUGUUUGAUGGGGGAUUUUAAUGCUAUAAGAGACGUCUCUGAAAGAAAAGGAGGAGUCGAAGCGGGAUGCUUGAAUGAGAUAGCAGAAUUCGAUAACUUUAUAACUGAAGCAGAAUUGAUGGACAUACCUAUCCAAGGCAGAAGGUUCACUUGGCAGAGACCUGGAGGUUUAGUUAUGAGUCGUUUAGACAGAUUCCUGUUCACAGAUAACUGGAAUAGAACUUGGCCGAAUUGUACUCAAUGGUGUUUAGACAAAGGAUUAUCCGAUCAUUGCCCGAUUUUUCUCUGUGAUUACUCUCUUCACUGGGGACCAAAGCCGUUUCGUAUGUUAAAAUGCUGGAAGGAUAUGCAAGGAUACCAUAAUUUCGUCAUAAAAAAUUGGAGAGAUAUCAAGGUUCAGGGGUGGGGAAUGUAUGUACUAAAAGAGAAAUUUAAAAGGAUUAAGGAAUUCCUCAAGGAAUGGCAUAAGAAUCAUUGUCAAAACUUGGAGGAUAAAAUCGAAAAGGAAAAGGAAAAACUCAAUAGUUUGGAAAUCCGAGGAGAAAGUAUAAGCCUGACAGAAGAAGAAUUAAAUGUUAGGAGCGAAAUUUCUUCAAAAAUUUACAAGCUAUCCAAUCUUCAUUGUAGUGUGCAGUGGCAAAAAUCCAGAUCGAAGUGGGUAAAGGAAGGGGAUUCGAAUACUAAAUACUUCCACAGUUACAUUAACAAAAGAAGAAAAGAUAAUGAGAUCCUUUGCCUUGAUAUAAAUGGAAGAAGGGUUACAGAGGUGAAGGCAAUCAAAGAUGCUCUCUUUGAUCAUUUCAGUUAUCAAUUCGCGGGCAGAGAAACUAGAGUAAUUCCGGAGAACCUGCCUUUUAAUCAAAUUGAAGACUCUGAUAAUACAGAAUUGAUUCGUGGAUUUUUGGAAGAAGAAAUUAGAAGAGCAGUGUGGGAUUGCGAUAGUGAUAAAAGCCCAGGACCGGAUGGUGUUAAUUUCGGUUUUGUGAAAGAAUUCUAG